AUGCUGUCCUCCACCUCCGCCGUCAGGCAGCUUGCUGCUCGCCGCCUCGUCGUCGCGCCUGCUGCCCGCGCCGCCUCUGCUUGGGCCAAUGUGGCCCAGGGUCCUCCCGAUGCCAUCCUGGGCAUCACUGAGGCCUUCAAGGCCGACAAGAACCCAAACAAGAUCAACCUCGGUGUGGGCGCCUACCGUGAUGACCAGGGCAAGCCCUACGUGCUGCCCUCGGUGAAGCUGGCCGAGAAGAAGGUCGUCGACUCCAACCUCGACAAGGAGUACGCUGGCAUCACCGGCCUCCCCGACUUCACUACUGCCGCCGCGAAGCUGGCCUACGGUGCCGACUCCAAGGCCAUCGCCGACGCCCGCAUCGCCAUCACCCAGUCCAUCUCCGGCACCGGCGCCCUGCGCAUCGGCGGCGCCUUUUUGCAGCGCCACUACCCCCACGCGAAGGCCAUCUACAUCCCCACGCCCUCGUGGGCCAACCACAAGGCCGUCUUCUCCGACUGCGGCCUCGAGGUCAAGCAGUACCGCUACUACAACAAGGACACCAUUGGUCUGGACUUCGACGGCCUGCUCAGGGACAUCAGGGACAUGCCCAAGAACAGCAUCAUCCUGCUGCACGCCUGCGCCCACAACCCCACCGGCGUCGACCCCACUAGGGAGCAGUGGCGCGCCAUCAGCGACGCCGUCAAGGCCGGCGGGCACUUGCCCUUCUUCGACAUGGCCUACCAGGGCUUCGCCAGCGGUGACACCAACAAGGACGCCUACGCUCUGCGCUACUUCGUCGAGCAGGGCCACCUGCCUGUUCUGGCCCAGAGCUUCGCCAAGAACAUGGGAUUGUACGGCGAGCGUGUUGGCGCUUUCUCCGUCGUCUGCGAGUCGGCUGAGGAGAAGAAGCGUGUCGACUCCCAGAUCAAGAUCCUCGUUCGCCCCAUGUACUCGAACCCGCCCAUCCAUGGCGCUCGCAUUGCCUCGACCCUGCUGAACGACCCGGCGCUGAACAAGCAGUGGCUUGGUGAGGUCAAGGACAUGGCCAGCCGCAUUAUCCAGAUGCGUACCCUACUGCAGAUGCACCUCGGGACACUGGGCUCCAAGCGCAACUGGAACCACAUCACCAGCCAGAUCGGCAUGUUCGCUUACACUGGCCUUACGCCUGAGCAGAUGGAGACCUUGGCGAAGGAGCACUCUGUCUACGCUACCAAGGACGGCCGCAUCUCGGUUGCUGGCAUCACCUCCAAAAACGUCACGAGGCUUGCUUCGAGUAUCUUCCAGGUUGCUGGCUAA